AUGCAGCGCCUGCUGCUGCUGCCGCCGCCGCCAGCAGCAGCAGACGCAAUGCAGCAGCUGCUGCGGCAGCUCAUCGUGCUGAAAUUAACACCAGCAGCAGCAACCGGAGCAGCAGCAGCAGCAGCAGCAGCAACUGAUGCGGAGACUCACAACCCCGGCGAUCAGCCAACAGCGCAGCAGCAGCAGCAGCAGCAGCAGCAGCAGCAACAGGAGCAACAGCAGCAGCAGCUGCUGCUGCCUUCAGUGAAAAUACCGCAUAUGGGGAAGGUCGUGCAGCUAAUAUCUACUCGGAAAGAGUGUUUUCGCUGCCAUGUGGUGCCUCGGCUGCUGCUGCUGGAGCUGGCUGCAGUAGCAGCAGCAGCAGACGAUUUGCUGCUGGAGGUUUUGCGGGGCUUCGGGGGUUUGCUGCUGCCGCCGCUGCGCCCAGCAGCAGCAGCAGCAGCAGCAGCAAAACCCCUUCUUGACGCCCUCAGCCAAUUAGCUGCUGCUGAAACCCCACAACCCCUCCCUCCAAACCCUAACACAAAAGAUGUUCUUCUUUACCUUUUGAAGCAGCAGCAAAUCAUUUCGGGGGGCCCCCAAAAGGGGGCCCCCAGCCAGUCUGGGGGGGCCCCCAGGGGGGCCCCCAGGGGGGCCCCCAAGGGGGCCCCCAGGGGGGCCCCCAGGGGGGCCCCCGAGGGGGGGGCCCCCCUUGGGGGGGCCCCCAGUGGGGAUUUGUGUGAUAGAGAAAGGAUUCGUUUGGAGACAGAGUUGAGCAAUUUGUGUUUGGAUUUAAUUCGGGAGCUGCAGCAGGAGCGGCAGCAGCAGCUGCAGCAGCUGCAGCAGCAGCAGCCGAAGGACUUUCUUUUCCUGCAGCGGCAGCUUUGCUUCGACGCCGUCAAUAAUAUCAUUUACUUGAAGAGACACAAACCGCGCGCGCCCCAAGCAGCAGCAGCAGAAGCAGCAGCAGCAGCAGCAGCAGCAGAAGCAGAAGCAGCAGCAGCAGCAGCAGCAACUGGAGCAGCAACUGGAGCAGCUGCUGCAGCGCCUCAGGAGGAAAAGGACGAUGCAGAUAAGGAGCACAAGACCGCAACCGGCGGGCGCUGGGCGGCUGCUGGACGACGGGGGCUGUUGCUGCGCUGGGGUGUACGCUGCGGGCUACCACGCGGCCUUCGCGCGCAGCAGCAACUGGGCGCUGCCGCAGCUGCGCAACGACGGCAGCAUGUGUCUCAAAGUCCGGGACUUGACUCCCUACUACCUUCCCAGAAGCAGCAGCAGCAGCAGCAGCAGCAGCAGCGGCAGCAGCAGCAGCAGCAGCGGCAGCAGCAGAAGCCGCAGCAGCAGCGGCAGUGGCAGCAGCAGCAGCAGCAGCAGCACCAACAGCUGCAGUGGCAGCAGCAGCAGCAACAACAGCGGCACCAGCAGCAGCAGCAGCAGCAGCAGCAACAGCAGCAGCAGCAGCAGCAGCAGCAGCAGCAGCGAGGACUGUGCUGCCCGUGCAGCCCUGAAACAGCAGUGCCUCGCUACCAAGCCUUUCUGUCUCUUUCUCAUGUUGCUUUUGAUUCUCCUCAAGAACAAAAGUCCUUUUUCUUGUCUGAGGCGCAGCAGCUCAGCGCCGUGCUGCGCCAAACCCUUGCUGCUGUGGGGCCAGCAGCCAGCAGCAGCAGCAGCAGCAGCAGCAGCAGCAGCAGCAGCAGCAGCAGCAGCGGCGGCGGCGGCGGCGGCGGCGGCAGCGGGUGCAGCGGCCUGCCUAACAGCAGCGCAGCAGAGCAGGCAGCAGCAGAGGGAACUGCAGCAGAGGAAGCAGCAGCUGGCGGAACCCCAGCAGCAGCAGCAGCAGCAGCAGCAGCAGCAGCAGAGGGAACAGCAGCAGAAACAGCAGAAACCGCAGCAGGGGAACUGGCGGCAGAAACAGAAGGCCAAACAGCAGCAGCAGCAACGGCAGCAGCAGAGGGACCAGUAGCAGCAGCAGAAGACGACACUGCAGCAGCAGGUGUUGCAGAGGGAGCAGCAGCAGCAGCAGAGGGAACAGCAGCAGCCGCUGCAGAGGGAACAGCAGCAGCAGCAGCAGCAGCAGAGGAGGGAACAGGAGAGGCAGCAGCAGCAGCAGCAGCAGAGGAGGGAACAGGAGAGUCAGAAGAAGCAGCAGCAGCAGAUGAAGGGACAGCGGCAGCAGCCGAUGAAUCAGCAGCAGCAGCAGCAGCAGCAAACGAAGCAGCAGCAGCAGCAGCAGCAAAUAAAUCAACAGCAGCAGCAGCAGCAGCAGCAGGGGACUUAGUGUCUCGCAGCUUUUUGAUCCUUGACGAGCCCUGCAAGGGAACAGCGCCGAGCUGCGGAGCAGGGCAUUGUAUCAACACAUUUGCACCGGGAGCUGCAGCAGCUGCUGCUGCUGCACCUGCUGCUGCUGCUGCUGCACCUGCUGCUGCUGCUGCUGCUGCUGGUGCUCUCACCUUUAAGCAGGUCAGGAGACGCCGCGCUGCAGCAGACACGGCGCUCUGCGACGCAGACAGACAGCUGCUUGGUGGCUGCCAGCAGCAGCAGCAGCAGCAGCAGCAGCAGCAGCAGCAGCAGGUCGGAAGAUCGCAAGAAGGCUUCGCAGCCAGCUCCGACUCGCUGGCAGCUGACCCAGCAGCAGCAGCAGCAGCAGCAGCAGCAGAGGCAGCAGCAGCAGCAGACGAAUACAAAUAUGAAUUAAUCGACGGAGUCUGCACUUAUUCAAAUGCUCUUCAAGCAGCAGCAGCAGCAGGAUUUCCACAAGACAUCAUAGACAGGGCCCGAGUGCUGCGGCAGCAACUGACGAACGUGCAGCAGCAGCAGCAGCUGCUGCUGCUGCAGCAAGUGAAGCAGCAGCAAGAGCAGCAGCGGCAGCAGCGAGGGCAGCAGACGCAGUCAGAGGACGAGGCCCCGCAGAGGGAGCGACAGCAGCAGCACGAGCUGCAGCAGCAGCACGAGCUGCAGCAGCAGGAGCCCCAGCAGCAAGACCAGCUGCAGCAGGGCAGUGCAGCAACAGCAGCAGCAGCAGCAGCUUCCGAGGCCUCCAAGGCUCGCGUUGCUGCUGCUGCUCAAUUCCAGCGAAAGGUGGAGGCCCUGACGCAGCUGCUGCGCCGAACAGCAGCAGAAACCAGCAGCAGCAGCAGCAGCAGCAGCAGCAGCAGCAACUCGUUUCCCGUGGUUUCUUUGCCUGCGUUCCCUCCGCAGCUGCUGCCGCCCCCCGCGUUUGCUGGGGCUGCAUGCGUUUUGCUGCUGGUGGCAGCAGCAAGGAGUUCGCAGAAGCAGCAGCAGCAGCAGCAGCAGCAGCAGCAGCAGCAGCAGCAGCAGGCGCUGCGGGGAGCUGUCUGUACACCCGACGGGGGGGAAGUGUGGGGCCCCACAGGCUGCUUUCGGGUGUACGUGGGAGCAACAGCAAACAUCAGCAGCAGUUUGCUGCGGCUGAAGCAAAACCCUCAGUUUGCUGCUGCUGCUGCUGCAGUGCUGCUGGCAGCAGAUGUGGCCCACGCCCGCAAGACGCAGCAGCAGCUCAAAGCAGCACUUAAGAGAGACCCUUCUGUGGCUCUUCUCCCCUACAGACACAAACCCUAA